AACUAAUGAACUCAGUUCCCCGCCACAAGCGCUAGCGGUCGGUUGUGUCAAAAUGCUGCGUAAUAAAAAAUACGUUUACAGUGAACAUGACAUCAAAGUGCCUAUUAGCCUUAACUUGGGUGAAUUUGUGCUGAACUCCAUACUACAGUACCAGGAUCGAGUGGCUUUCAUAGACGCUCACACGCAGGAAAAGCUAACGUUUUCCGAGAUAGCGCAAAAUGCCAUGAAUGUAGCUGUCUCGCUCGUGCAGCAGGGCGUGCGAAAGGGAGAGACGAUUGCAGUUUGUUCUGAGAACCGAAGCGAGUUCUGGCCGACUGUGAUUGGUACAUUGCUGGCCGGGGCGGUUAUUACACCAAUCAGCGUCGUUUAUACGAAAGAUGAACUCAAGCAUAUUUUGGGCAUAUCUAAACCGAAAUACAUCUUCUGCUCCCCAUUCGCUUACAAAGCUCACAAAAGCACCAUUCAAUCGACAAAACACAUUCGAAAAGUCUAUCUUUACGGCGACGAGAAGACUUCAAAUGAAAUCUUGUACAAAGAUUUGGUGAAGAAUGUGAAUGUUAAGAGAGAGGACUUCAUGCCAGUGGAAGUCCAGGGUCAGACUGAUGAUGCAGUGAUCCUGUAUUCGUCUGGAACUACGGGUUUGCCUAAAGGGGUUGUGCUGACGCAUUUCAAUGGAUUGGUUUACUGCAGUUUUAUUAAAUUCGACGAGCCUCAAGACCCUAUGACCGUCUUGUCGAUAGCGCCGUGGUACCACGCAUACGGCAUGUGGGGUAACAUCGGCAGCAUGUGCAAUGGACGUACCAACGUCUACAUCAAGCGGUUCGAAGAGAAACUGUUCUUGGAGACCAUACAGAGAUAUAAGAUCUCAGUGCUAUUCCUGGUGCCUCCGAUCCUGGUCCUGCUCUCCAAGUCUCAGAUCCUCAAGAACUAUGACGUCACUUCCGUCACGCAGAUGAACUGCGGCGCCGCGCCGCUAGAUGUCGAGACCAUUGAUGAGGUUAAGAGGAGGUUCCCGAACGUAGAAGGCGUGAUGCAGGGCUACGGCAUGACAGAGUCGACGCUCGCGCUGUGCAAGGACAACCUGUUCCAGCCGUACAAGGCCGGCAGUGUCGGCACUGCCACGCCUAGCACUGUGCUCAAGGUGGUAGACCUGAAGACUCGUGAGCCGCUCGGCCCGAACCAGCCUGGAGAGAUCUGCGCUAAAGGAGCCCUAAUCAUGAAGGGCUACAUCGGCCGCCCCCGCUCCGAGGACUUCGAUGACGAGGGCUUCUACCGCUCCGGAGACAUCGGGUAUUACGAUGAAGACGGUUACUUCUUCAUCGUGGAUCGAUUGAAGGAGCUGAUUAAAUACAAGGGGUUCCAGGUCCCUCCAGCAGAGAUCGAGGCUGAACUCCUGAAGCACCCGGCCGUCCGGGACGCGGGAGUCGUCGGCGUCCCGGACAGGGCGUCCGGGGAGCUGCCGCUCGCCUUCGUAGUGACGCAGCCCGGCGCCGCCGUCACCGAGAGGGAGAUACAGAGCUAUGUCGCGGAGAAGCUUUCGAACCCGAAACAACUCAGAGGGGGAGUGAGGUUUGUCAAAGAAAUACCGAAGAAUCCAAGCGGCAAGAUCCUGCGGCGCAUUCUCAGGGAUAUGCUGAAAUCAGGAAAAAGCAAACUCUAAACACGG